AUGGGCCCCCGCUCCGUCCCGCUCCUGCCGCUGCUCCUGGCGCUGCUCGGCCGCCCGGACCCCGGGAGAGCCGAGGGCUGUGACCUGCAGCCGGUGACAGCGAAGCCACCCAUCACCCUCUCCUAUGCCACCAGCACGGUGCCGCGGGGCUGUGUCAGCAACAGUUCCAUGGCUACUGGCCAUGAAGUCCAUGUCCUCAGCGUCAAGUGGUCCAAGGACUCUUCUGCCCCUCUGGUGGUGACAGUCACUCCACGAGCCGAUGCCUGCAGCCGGCCAACAGUGCUCAUCCUCCUCUGCUCCCGCUGCUCUGCCAACAUCACCUCCCCGUGCUCAGACCUGAUCAUCCACACCGACGCCCACCUCAGCCCGGAGACCAUCAGAGCACCAAACCCUGAGCCACCCGUGGUCUCCAGCGAGGGGCAGCUGCUAGCCUGGGUUCUGGAUACCUAUGGGGGCAUCACAUCCUACAGCGAGCUGCAGGACCCCCGCAAGGUCCAGCUCUACCUGGGAGAAGAUGCCCACAGUCCUCCAGACUGCAUUCCCCAAGAGCACUUCAAUGCCAUUCUGCACCUUGAGACUGAGGUCUUCUUCCACGGGGUGAAGGGCUGCUCACGCAGUGACGCCCAGAACACCAGGGCUGCUCACAUCAUCCAUCUGCAGCCAGAGCCCAGCUCCCCCAUCACAGAGGUGAACCUGACUCUGACUUGUCCUCAGAAUUCUGUCAACCAGAUGCUCAUCCUGCAGAGCAAGGUCAACUUCACCUGGUCCCUCUCCUUGAUGUGCAACAUCCAGUUACUGGUCUCUGGAAAUUACAAGAUCUUUUCCUCAGUGCUGGUCCAUGGGCAUCUCCUGCCUGACACGGAGCAGGACCUCAUUGCUAAAGCUUUUGAGAAGAACUACAGUGUUAUUGCCUCCUACUCCGCCAUCCCUGCCAGCACCCACAUCAGCCUGGAAAUUCAUGGGCAUGAGAUGGUUGAGACGCCUGUGACGACCACCCCUCUUGUCACCUCAAAGUCCCUAGACUUGCCCCACCAGGUGCUGUUCACCCUCAAGCCCUGGAAGUGCACAGAUGAAACCAUGGAGAUCGUCAUCGUCAGGUCCCACCUGGGGCCCAUCAAGGAUGUGGUGAACAUUACCCUGAGGGACAUCAGCUGCCAGGCAGAGAAAAAUGCCACCCACUUCAUGUUGAAAAGCCCCCUCAGCCACUGUGGCACCUCACUGGAGGGCAGGGGCUAUGCCAACAAUGAGCUCAUCCUCAGCCUGCCCAAGGAUGCAGUGCUCCAGAGUGUGCGGGUUGGCUUCCAGUGCGAGAUCCCACGGGAGCUCUUCCUGCGUCUUUUCCCCACCGCUGACUUCAAAGCACCACAGACCGAGCUGGAGAUCAACAAGGAGGCCUUUGUGCAGGCAUCCAUGCGGUGGAUGGAUCACCCAGCUGACCUGCAGCUGAAGGAGUGCUGGCUGGCGGCCUCCGGGCGGGAGCCAGUGCUGCUGGUGCAGGGCGGGGAGGCUCGUGGUGCGGGGGUGGCUGUGCUGGAGAGCCCCACCGGCACCCACGGGAGGAAGGUCUGGCGCUUCCGCUUCACCUACACCAUUCCUGAGGGCGGACACAUGCCCUUCUCUGCCACCCUGACGUGCAAGGCCGGCUUGCAGAAUGACACCAUCUUUGAGAAGGACCUGAAGGUGACAGUGAAGGAUGCCUGGCGGGCACUCAACUACCGUGGGCUAGGGCUGGCCGCUGUCCUGGGCAUCACCUUUGGCGCCUUCCUCAUCGGAGCACUCCUCACUGCCGGGCUCUGGUACAUCUACUCACACACCCGUCCCAUCUCCAAACUGCAGCCGGUUUCCAGCACGGCGCCAGCCUCGGAGAGCAGCAGCACCAACCACAGCAUCGGCAGCACCCAGAGCACCCCCUGCUCCACCAGCAGCAUGGCCUGACACCCCCGGGCCCCCCCGAGCCCGCGCAG